AUGCAGUGCAUAGGGGAUAUCAGUGAGGAUAUAUGGGAGGACUGUAUCAACCUCUUUCUACCCAUUGAGAUGUGUUGUGACGCAGCAAUUAUCACCAGUGCCCCACCCUGGGUAUUAGCUGCUUAUCCUGAUGGUAACUUGUUCCAGUUGACCCAGGAGGAAAUUCAGAUCUUACUGAGAAGAGAGGAGAGAGAGAAGUUAUUUCUUCAGGGAAUCACCCUUGCUGGAACCAAAUGCUUGUUGAUCCGGGACAACCUAUACACUGAAGGAAACAACACCAUGGAUCUGCGUACCAAAGGCCAGAGUCGAGGCAGCCAGGCAGUGACUGUGGUUCAGAUUGAGUCUGUAUAUCUUGUGGUUAUGGGUCUAAAAGGAAUGGAAGGAGGGCCUCUCAAUCUCAAAGCUUUUGAGAUGGCAGGUUAUAUCAGAGAAACCAUUCUUCAACACACGACCCAUUUCUAA